CCGAUACGUAUUUGAAAUCUUCCUGAUAGUAUUUUUUGUCUAAGAGAUAUUCCCGAUUGCUACUUUUCAAAUUGUCUCCCUGUAUAUUUUUCUACUACACUAUAAGCACAGCAUAUCUAUAAGGCCAGUCGAACUCAUUACAGCACCCCUUGGAGACCUAGGACUCUCAAAAAAAAACUAGAACACUCUGUACUUGAUUAAUUUAAGUACUAAGGUAAUUACCCUUGGUAAGUACCUAUAUUUGAAUAAAUUCCCAGAUAAAUUCCCUAAAAAGUAUAUAAUACAAAAUACAAAAACUGUAAAACUUACUUAUUUUGUUUAUUUGUAGAAUAGUAAUAUGCGUUAAAGGGUUCGUCAAUGAUCCUCUUCAGUGUCUUUUCAAAAUAUAUAUGAAUUUUUAUCUAAUAAAGUGUAUUUUUUCCAACAAAAAAGUCUGCAAAAUAAUCAGAUCAAAUACGGAAAAAAGUAGUUUGUUUUGUAAGGUUAUGUUUACGUUCACCUUUUUUUUUAUUCAGUCACUCGCAACAAAUAUAAUUCGCUACUCUAUUCAACAAGAAAGAAAAAGAUAGAUAUAUUCCAGUUAACGAAAAAUGUCUGGGGUGAUUUUUCACUCACUGACAGUUUACAGACAGUCUGUCAUUAUGGCAUCCCUUUUGUUUGUGUUCCAUUUUCAAACUGAUUUUUAUUUUAAUUUUGUAAUAAAAACCUGUUUAUUUAGAAGAUUUUGUAAUACAUUUUAAAAACAUUGUGAAAGUGCUGAUGUUAUUGUGCCAAAGGAACCAAAUUCAAAUACGAUGGAGUACGAAAAACACAUUAAUAAAUUGGUGUUGGGUUACCUUAAAACCAGAUGUAAAAGUUCCUACAAGACAUUUUUAAGAACUAAUUUUCCAAGUCCAUCAAAGCACUUGGGUACCAGAGUAGCUGGACAAACUCUAGAAGAUAUUUUGAGGAUAUAUUCUCAAGUACAAGAAAUUGUCCAGACACGCCUUGAGUAUACAGAUUACUACAAGGAACAUGAUGGGGCUUCGCCAAUGUACCUCGCUGAACAAUUGCUAUAUUUGUUGGACAGAAGAAGGCAACUUGCAACACCAACAACAACUAUCCGUGAUAGAUCACCAUGUGAGUCUUCACUUGCUGACUAUGGCAAUGAGGAACAUUUUAGUGACGUUGAAACUACCCCUGAGCAUACAUUGCCGGGAAAUACUCCCAGUAACUAUUCAAAUUCGCAGACACCUUUUAAUAAUCUCAAGACGCCAUAUUCAGAAAACCUACCUGCUUCUAGUCAUGAAUUUGUAACAUCUGUCAUGUCACAGACGCUCCUUAACAAGACACAAUUUCAUACAAAGUUAGCUGAGAACAUUAAUGCUGUGUUAAACACACCAAAUGUACCAGUUAGCAAAGAUGGAAAUGCCGAAUUGGAAAAUACUAUCCAACAAGCACUGAACAGGACUGAGCAAGAUUCAAUAUUUGAAGGUUUGUUGGACGAUUUGUUGGAACCACUAAGCAAUAGUUUUGGAAAAGCCAUAACAGCUGAAGCUGCUGCCAUAACAACUAGCAUUAAACACUCAACAUCACAAGAAAAAUACAAAAACGUAGAAGAGCAUAACAAUGGUGCCAUUUCAUCAAUAUUAGCAGUGUCUAAUACAGAUAAACCAACCAAUCAAGAUGCUGCAUCCUCAUCAACUGAUACACCACAAGUGACAUCUACGCAACAAACUUAUCAAGUCACUCCUACUUCUCAAGUCACUCCUACUUCUCAAGUCACUCCUUAUUCUCAACACACACCUAAUUCUCAAGUCAUAAAUCAGCCACAAAUGGUGCAAACAGUACCAACAAAUAUUCCAAUGGCAAUUGAUAGUCAGCAAAUGUAUCAAGGGCAAAUUUACGCAAUUUCGGCGGAACAACAGCAGCAGCAAUAUAUUUUUGUUAACAGGCCUUUAGUGGUGCCAUCAAUACAGCCUCAGGUCCAAAUGAUGCAAAUUGUUCAGGCACCCAAACAGAAAAAAGGAAAAACAAAUAAACUGUCUGAGAUGGAUAUUAUGGCUAUGCCUACAAUAAUUUUGAAUGAGAAAAAUGAAAUGCAAUAUGUUGAUCCCAACAGGGUCCCUGUAAACACCACACCCUACAAAUCAACGGAAGUUAACAACAUAAAAGAUUAUUUAAACAGUUUUGGUGCCACUGCUCAAAGUCCAAUCAUUAAAGCCAUAAAACAACCGAUACAACCAACUCCAACAGUUAAAGUUGAAAUUUACCAUCGUGACGGGCGUUGCCCAACCAAAGAAAAUUCUUCUUCCAAAGACUUACCUAAUCUUGCCAAUACGACCAUUGAGGAUGAUGACAUUAUUUUAGUGGCUACAGAUCCGUUGAGUACUGAAAAAUCAACUCCAAAUGAAACCAAGGUAGAGCCAGUUGAACCUAAAGAUUUACAUCCCGCUCAUACACCUCCACCAUUGGUUGCAGCGGCCAAAAAACCAACUCCAAAAAGUAGUUCUCAUGUUAGAAAUUUAACUUUUCCAUCGCCAUUGAAGAAGACUGGUGAAAAAGACGAUGGAGGUCGAAGUUUACCUUCAGCUUUAAAUAAGCAGCAAGCUACUAAGGAUUUGUUCAAAAGCAUCCCUGAAGAAACUGAAAAACCUACAACAAGCACACCCAAAAGACUUAUUAAAAAUGCACCAAAAAAACCUACAAAAACCAAAAAGCCAGUUACAAAAAAACCUCCAACUUCGACUGCAAAAACUAUUGAACCUGCAAGUUCUUGGGAUACAGCUUUACGACAAAAUCUCGCUUCAGCUGCUGAGGAAGCUAACGAAUCAACUCCAUUGAGAAGAGUGUCGACUAGAAAACGCGUCACGCGAUCAACAGAGUUGGAUACCACAGAAGCAGAUGCAAAAAUGAUAGAAAAUGCUUUAAAAACCCCCAUAAAAUCUACUGCAAAAUCAAAAGGCAAAACACCAAGAAAAAGACCAAGAGCCGAUAAUAAAAAGAAACUCAAUGAAGAAGAAGUGAUUCAAGUAGAAGAAGUAGCAGAGGAAAUUGAAGUUGCAGUUGAACCAAUAACAAUCCUAUCUCCAUCAAACUUGUGCAAUACUGCUACCAAAAAAAAUAUGGAAUUUGAUGGAAUAACUCCAAACAAUUCUAAAGAUGGCACCAAUCAGCUCAUGUCAAAUGCACGAAAAAAUAUUAGUAGUUUGCUAGAAACUCCUCUGAAAGAGGAUGCAAUUGACACAAAUAUUCCACCCACUCCCAUUACUCAGAUGCUUCAAGCAAAUUUAAAAGACUAUACAAGUAAUGGUGAUUUUUCAAUUAACACACCAAAUUUCCCAAUCACUCCCGGAUUAGCAUUCAAUAUUGAAACAUCCUCAGUUCCUUAUUAUACGCUCAACGAUACUGAAACUAAUAAAGCUACAGAAGCUAUUGUUUUAUCAGAAGAGCGUAAAUCCAGUGUUAGAAAGACUGACGAUGAAGAUGUAGUUGUAAGUCCAAACGUUUACAGUGGGAAAGGAAUAUUAGAUCAAUUCAAUAAACGUUGUGUAGGAAAGAAGAAUUUAGAUUUAAUAGUUCACGAAGAUGUUACAUGGGAGGGCAGUGCGGAUCACAGUGAGGAAAGUCUCAGCGACGAAACUAAUAAUACGGUCAUUCCGAAUAAUAGAAGAUCGUCUGGGAAAAGUAUGUCUAUGUUAAAAUCGAAGUUGUUAGAUGAAAGUAAUCAGGAGGAAAAUGUUGGGGAAAAAUUGGAAACUAAAGUGCAGGCUAAGGGGGUUAGUAGCAGUAGUGAUAGUGAAGUAAUUUCAAAAUUAGAGCAUGCCAAUAAGAAGAAGCUGGACGGUAUAGUUGAAGAAGGCACUGAUAAUGUUGAUACAACAAAGGAGUGUGUUAACAUUUCAAUAUCCACAAUGACGGCUGAAACUAUUAAAGAGGCAGCUUCAGCUACAAAUUUGAAAAGUCACAUGACAACAGCGUACAGCGUCAAAAAAGAAAUGGACGAAAAACUGAAAAGAAUGAUCAAUCUUGAAAAAACUGGUGGAACAAAACCGCAGGACGGACGUCGUAGACGUGCAAAUCCGAAACCGAAUUUGAACGCUUCGAGUAAUAGGCGCAAAAAAAACAUGCCCAAAAAGUUGCAAAAGGAUUCAGAGGACAGUGACGAUAGCAAUAGAACGGACUCGCAGGAUGAAUUCUUUAAAAAAAGUGGCACGAAUUUGCACAGGACAAGGAAACAGAUGGCAGAACUAAACAAAAUCGAAGAAGAAAAUAAUAAAAUUAGACAAACUUUGGAAUCUGAAAAUAAAUUAAUAUCUAAUGAAGCACCUGAAGCUAGAACAUCAAACUUGGUGAAUAAUUCAGAAUUGGACGAAUCAGUUUACGGAUAUAGAGUAAUGGAAACGCAAACCAAUGAAUUCCACAUCAAAUACGAUCCGAAAAAGUCAAACAAAAAACCUUUUGAAGAUUACAAUUUGGAUUUAUUGAAAGUCGGACUCCAAUUCCUUUUACCAAUCCAUGAUGCUCCGGACCAAGUUGUCCACACUAAAGUGAUGCCUUUUGAAUUUGUAUUGAACAUCGAUCCCGGCGAAUUUGGUAGUGACUUGGAAAAUACGGAGGAGGCACGGAGUAAAAAAAGGAAGCAUAGGACAAGCAGUACGAAUUCGAAUGGUUCUUGUAAAAAAAUGAAAACGAGCCUGAUGCCCAGUUCACUGGCAGCCUUACACAGUUCACUAGGAGAUAAGGAAGUGGUAGAGAAGUUGUUGACUCACAUUCAUGGACCUAGUGACAAAAAUUCAUAAUAGAAUUAAGUGCAAAAUAUUUUGUUACUGGUACCUGAUGUUUUGUUAAUAGCUCUAUAAUUGUAAAUAAGUAAAAUGUAAAUGUUAAUUAUUAUUAUUAUUAUUAUAAUAGUAUCGAGGAGUUUUUUAUUUUAGAAAUUAAAUUUUUAUGUGUAAUUUUAGAAACUUUAACUUGUUUGUUUGUUUGGGCUUUGUUCAUUAGGUUUUUUUUCUCUGGAGCUUUACAAAACAAAAAGUAUUUAGUUUAAUGCGGUUUAUUACAAAAUUUCUAUUCAGUUAAAUAAUGAUUGAUCAAUAAAUUAGUUUUUAAGUAA